GCAACUAACAACGACAACAUCAUUGUUCACCAUUCUGGAACUAGUCUAACUAGUCCGCCCGGUCUUUACGAUCCCGUUGGUGUUUGUUUCGUCAUUUUUGGUCCCGUGCUAAUAAUCCCUGGCAUUUUCCAGAAGAUAAAUAUCACUCAUUAACCCGUUGCCCGUUAAUCACCCCAUUCUUAAGCCUCGAUUCCCGGUCCACCUGAGCACCAUUAUGACUCUUCAACCAGCAGCUUCCAUAAAAGCUAGCAGGGAGAAGGAUUCUUCUCCUGAAACAGGUGGGAAGAGUCAUAUCACCACCGGUAGCUCCACAUCAACAAUCACAGAACCCAACGAGAAGGAGAUGGAACACGAUUCAACCAAAGUCGAUGCAAAAUCAAAGAAGCGCAGUCUGUUUGGUUUUGGAAAGAAGAAGGUCGACCCUAAGUCUGUCAACAAAUCUCCCUCCAGAUCUGCAUCAGGCGUAUCGAAUCCUCCGGCAAUAAUAAGAGAUGUCCCUCAAACAUCAUCGAAACGGUCGACAACCGGCUCGCCAAUUCAAGCCGGUAGCCCGAAUAUGACACCAUCUUCACCUAGCCGAGGUCUCUAUUCGUCGUCCCCACGAUUAAGUUCGCCUGCUGGCUCUCAAAUAUUCGAACGAGACGUUCAAGAGAGCUCUGUCAUCAUACCUAAUUCACCCGCAAUUCCAUCUCACAUACAAACCGAAAACUACAUCCCUCCCGUCCUCGACGCCUCUUCCGAAGCCAUCACGGAUAACCAUCUUAACCCCGAUUCCGUCGAAAUUGUCACUCAUAAUGCGCAUCAACCCGCAAGUGUGACAGUGACCGGUGCCUCCGCAUUCGAGACCUCGUCUAAUUCAUGGGCCGAGGACCUGGCCGCUUUCUCCGACAAGGAGGAAUCUGCCUCAAACUACGGUUCUCUCGACUCCGCCGACGUUAGGCGUCUAAGCUUCAUAUCAUUUGCAGAUGUCGUCCAGGCAGAACAAGUGCCGCCGAACAGCAGUCGGGACUCGAUGCACCUAGCCGGCCUAACCUCCAUCGGAUCGAGGGGAGUCAACCGAUCGCCGUCACCGAUAAGAUCACCUGUAUCCUCGCAAGGACCGGAAACGUCGCCGCCGAAUAGCAUUUCCGGAUCUAUCAAGGGACUUAGCAUGUCGCCUAUAAGGAAACCUCUCGGGAGCCCGACUUCAGCCGAACACAGCCUCUCCGUCAACGGCGAUCUCAACAUCGAGACCAUGUCCCAGGCCCUGAGACGUACUGCUAGCACCGACCUCAGCGUUGCCCGGAGUCAUCCCGUCAGCCCGAUCGAGGGUCCCUCGCGUUAAACCGAACGGAAAAUACUUAUCUACCCAUUCACUUGAGUGGU